AUGGCGGAAAAAGGUGCCAAUAUCGACAGUUUCAAUGUGACUGAGGAAGCAGCAUCCAGUUCUGUUUUCUACAGCAACCCCGAUGUUGAUCAAGGAGGACGUGACGAUCCAUGGAUUCGCUUCCUCACAUGGCUGAAAUGGUAUCCCAAGGAUAUGCUACAUUUAGAGAAGAAACUAGUUCUGAAGCUGGACUUGUUGAUUCUGGUGUUUGGCUGUCUGUCAUUCUUUACCAAGUACUUGGAUCAGCAAGCCAUUACCAAUGCCUAUGUCUCAGGAAUGAGAGAAGACCUGCAUCUGCAUGGAAAUCAACUCAAUUAUAUCACUGCUGUGUUCUGGGCUUCAUACUGCACAUCGAUGAUUCCGGCCUGCUAUCUCUUGACCCGGACGCGAAUCAAUAUUGCCCUCCCAACAUUGGAAGUUGGUUGGGGAUUGUUUACAUUUGGCUGCGCUUGGGCUCAAAACCUAGACACCAUCUACGCUAUGCGAUUCUUUGUAGGAAUUUGCGAGUCCUGCUCCUUUACCGGCGUCAUCUACGUGAUCGGCUCAUGGUACAAACCUAGCGAGAUUACGAGACGGGUCGCCUUUUUCUUCAUUGCAUCGCCUCUUGGCACCAUGUUUGCAGGUUAUCUACAGGCUGCUGUAUAUACCAACUUGGAUAACACCCAUGGUUUGGCCGGAUGGAGGUGGUUAUUUAUUAUUUGCACUAUCAUCACGCUGCCAAUCUGUAUCUUGGGAUACAUCGCAUUCCCGGACGUGCCUCACCGCAAGAAACCACGGUUUUUAACCCAAGCGGAGUUUGAACUUGCCAACAACCGCCUCAAGGGCUUGGUAGCACCCAGUGAAUUAAAGGUGUCGCGUUCCAUUAUCAAUAGAGUAUUGGGACGGUGGCACUGGUAUGUUUUCGUCAUGCACUGGAUAUUGAUGGACCAAAACUUCACGCCUUAUUCCACCCCUUUCAGUCUCUACCUGAAAUCAAAACCUAAUAUCUACUCGGUCACCCGGAUAAAUACAUUACCAACGAUUGCUACGGCAAUAUCAGUCGUAGCUGCAGUUACGGCCGGUAUUUUUGCAGAUCGAGCUCGUAACUGGUGGCUACCCUCUGUCGUGGUCAGUAUUCCGGUUUUGAUCGGGGUGAUCCUACUUGUGGUCUACGAUGUUGGGGAAUCUGGUCGGCUGGCGGGUUUCAUUAUCACUGGGUUUGAAGGAGCAAUAAGUCCACUUACAAUGAGUUGGGCAACUGUCAUCAUGGCUAACGAUGCCGAGGAACGAGCCAUCGUAACAGCAAGUAUGAAUGCAAUAGGACAGGCUAUGGCAGCCUGGACUCAGAUUCUGCAAUACCCGGCUACUCACGCUCCUCGAUUUCGUGCUGGAUUCAUCUCGAACCUGGUCACGACCGUUGCGCAGUUUGUAAGCAUCGGUUUGAUCACACAUCUUCAAAAGAGAGACGCACGAAAGAGCGGCCACAUUGCCAGUGGCCAUGCUUAA